AUGGACGUCCACAGUCGUGGAGCAGCGGCAAUAGUCAGGGAUGAGGUGGUUAGGCGUGAGGGCACAGUUGACACCCAACUGCGUUGCCAAUCUCCCAAUGGCAUUGAUGUCCUGUCCUUGCAACACGCACCGACAGGCUUACGUGAGAGGAGGCACUGCUUCGUGGAACUGAAGCACAAGAAGCAUGAUCACAGAGGGACGGAGGAGGAGGAGGAGGAGGAGGAGGAGGAGGAGGAGGAGGAGGAGGAGGAGGAAGAAAGUGUGGAAACGAAAUACAAGUGGGACGUUUAUUUGCUGACCACUCAUCACUUCAUAGUUGUCUUGCCCUCCACACCCUUUUCUCUCAUGCCUACCAUCCCCCACAUACAUCCUGACUACCCUCACACACUUCCUCCCUCUCUCUCCACCUCCAUUCCUCCCUCCACACCCUCCUCCAUUCCUUCCGCCAUCUCACCGUUCCACCAUUCCACAAUGCAGACAAACCCAUCCACCGCAUCGCUUCCUUAUUGUGCAGUUGAAAGGCGCCUCACGGCUACACUUGCCCACCAUCAUCCACAAUGCAUCUCUGUGUUCACACAUUCCACCUGCAAUGAAAUUGGCCCAAUUGGCAAUUACCAUGCCAUCAUUGCCAAUGCUUACGCCAAUGUCGAUGUCGACGUCAAUGUUGGUGAUGCGUCUAAGAGGAAAGUGUGCUGGUUGCCACUAUUCCUACAAUCUCAUCUACCUACACACUUGCCUACACAACUGCAAACCCAUUCACCAAUCCACUACUCCACUGAUCUGCCACUCCACCAUCAUGCCGGCAUGCCCACAUUCCUGCAUUACUACGUGCGUGAUGAUGUCAUCCAAUGCACUCCAUCAUUUGGCUGGUGUGUUUGGCACCUCCAUCACCCCACUUCCCACAUUCGCACCUCGCACUUCGUCGCAUCAAUCAUUUCAUCCAACUCACUUUCCACCACCUCCUACCCCGUCAUUCUCCUCAUUCCAUUUGUCAACAUUUACAAUUUUCCCCUCCACGAUUCAAACACCACACACACACACACACAUCACCCUCGUGUCACAAUUGCCUCACACUUGCGCCACGGUUCAACUGAUGUGCUGACAUUGCGCUCACGCCAACACAAACACCCAGCAACACAGAAUGCGAUGUGCGGGUUCAGACGUGUUGUCGUCGUUGUCGUCGUCGUCGUUAUCAUCGUCGUUCAACAAGUGGACAUAAUAUCAACGAACAGUGGGAGGGUUGUUGUGGCAAUCGGCAAUCGAUGUUUACAAGUGCUCUCUUCUCCAACAACUCUUCCACGCCUCUUCCACCGCAAUUCACCACAUCCCCAGUUCUCUAUCAUUGACUCUCCAGUAAUUUUACCUCCACCUCCCAUGUACCAACUCAUCACGCCUCGCAUUCGGCAUCAAAUCAUUCGUGGAUCCUACAGUUGCAUCUAA